AUGUCGGAGGUAGCACCAAACAACCAACGAAAUGCUGCGCGAGCGAAGCCAGACACGAGGGCCCCUCCCGUGUGCCCUACCGACGACGACGAGACGGUAGCCGUGAGGAAGCAGACGCGGACGUUCGACUAUGUCUGGCGUUCCGGUGUCGCGGGAGGCCUGGCAGGAUGUGCUGCAAAGACGGUUGUCGCACCUCUUGACCGAGUCAAGAUUCUGUUCCAGGCGAGCAGUCCGCAAUUCGCAAAGUACACUGGGUCGUGGUUCGGUGUCGUGACGGCAAUGAAGGAUAUUCGCUCCCACGAAGGCUUCACGGGGUUGUACAGAGGGCAUUCGGCCACCCUCCUCCGAAUCUUCCCCUACGCCGGAAUUAAGUUUCUUGCAUACGAGCAGAUCCGCUCCAUGAUUAUCAGGAGGCAAGAUCAAGAGACGCCCUGGCGCCGUCUUAUCAGCGGCUCCCUGGCGGGCAUCACAUCCGUCUUUUUCACAUAUCCCUUGGAGGUCAUUCGGGUCCGGUUAGCGUUUGAGACAAAACACGGCGGUUCCUCGUUAUCCGCGAUUUGCCGGCGGAUCUACAACGAGCGUUUUGUGCGGACGUCCCCCGCCUCGCAAGCAGCCGGCACCUCGGCAACUGAGGCGGCCGCCUCCGCCGUCACCGCCGUUGCCCCACGCUCGGGUCUGAUCAACUUUUACAGAGGCUUCACCCCGACCAUGCUGGGCAUGCUUCCUUACGCCGGCAUGUCCUUCUUGACGCACGACACGGCCGGUGACGUCCUCCGCCACCCCAAGCUCGCAAAAUGGACAACGCUUCCGCGGCCCGAGAACUUGCCUGCGGGCAAGCCCACACCGCUGCGAUCGUGGGCCGAACUGCUCGCCGGUGGUGUUGCCGGCCUCAUCUCCCAGACUGCAUCGUACCCCUUGGAGGUCAUUCGCCGGAGAAUGCAGGUCGGCGGUGCCGUAGGCGACGGCCACCGACUGCGAAUCGGGGAGACGGCCGCCAUGAUUUUCCGGGAGAGGGGUAUGCAGGGGUUCUUCGUAGGCUUGACUAUUGGCUACGUCAAGGUUGUGCCCAUGGCAGCUGUCGCCUUUUACACGUACGAGAGAUCCAAGAUCUGGCUGGGAAUUUAG